UUCUUAGAAGCAAAUUUUUUAUGGUCUCCCUAAUCAAAACAAACAAAAACCGGCAAAAUCUUGCGAAAUAAAUCAUAUCGAACAAAUGUAGAAAAAAAUGCGAGGUGUUCGCAAGUGUGUUCACUGUGGGGCCGUGAAUGGAAACCGAGCUCAGGUUUGCCGGAAUGUCGAUUGUCCGCAGCGCAGGAAUGUUCUUGAUGCCGUCCAGUUGGUUUCCUUGCGGGCAGGAUCCACGGUUUACUCCUUGAGGAUCAAGGAGAAGGAGCAGCAGCCGCGGAACUUUGUGGUCGUUAGGGAUGUCACACUGUCCUUGCAACCAGAUGCUGCGGUGGUGUCCAGCAAUGCCGAGUGCUACGUGGAGUCCUGCAAGAAAGCAGAAGGAGAAUCCUUGGACUGCAUCCAUGUUAAAGCCUGUAGAGAACUGGGCACGGAGUUUCCAAAGGCUCAGGUUUACCUUGUGUCCCGGGAGGUCUUGUGGAACUUGAACAUCAACCAGGAGCAGAAGCAGCACCUCUGGCAUCUGUACAAGUUCGCCGAAGAGGAGGAGCACCUCCCUGCAGUUCAAAAAUUGAAUCACUCUACAUUUGCCGUGAAAUGCGAGAGAUCUGAAUCCUUUCCAGCUGCACGUUUGCAUGUCACCGUUUUCGCCAACGGCUUGUCAAAGAAAAAAGGAAGCUACGCCUGUGCUUGCAGGAAGCUGAAGAUUAUAGUGGAGCCCGAUAACUCUCUAGUGAUGCAGGAUGAGAUCUGUGAUCACUUGCUGCUCGUUUUGGCCGCAAUCCUGAGUUCCCCGCAAGGGAAACGGGUUUAUGGCCAGUUCACCAGUCGAUUGCAGAGCUUCUGGAUGCCCUCACAGCUGGAAACGCCGUUGGGAGAGAUUGCCACAGAGGAUUUGGAGCUUAGUUUGAGCAUGGUGGAUGAUUUCGAUCCACAGGUGGACAUACUCGUCUUCGGGGAUCAGCUGGAUCUUCCCUUGCCGGAUAUCACUGAUGGCGUCUUCAACCUGGACAACAUGCAGGCAGCCACUUCUAGUCACAAUACCUCAAAUACCAGUGAUGCCUUCAUCCAUUAUGCCAACGACUCGCAGCUGUUGUCCAACUGCGAUGUUUUUGGGGAGCCUAUUGAGUUGACCGACUGCAACAUCGAACUGAUGGAUCAGUUUCAGCCCACGGAUCAGAUCGAUAUAUGCAGCGAGGACAUAGAACUGCCGCUUAUCAGUGAACCCUACAAUAUCCUCGCUGCUCCACCCAUUUUCACGGAAGCCACGCCCGCAGUGGUGACCGACCAACUGCCCAUUGAACUGGCGACCAUAUCGGUGGUAAAAAAGGCUCCUGUGAAGGUCUCCGAGAUUGUUACGGAAGUUAAGUCCCGAAAACAGCCACCUUUGCCCGCCAAAAGGGACCUGAUAGUCAAUCAUUUAGGCACAUCAACCCCAGUUAUAGAGAACAUCUGCUUGGAUGCGGCUGUUCAACCGGCAUUAUCCUACUCAGCAUGGCUGGACCAUGUGAUUGAGCUUCUAAACGAACUAUUUGAGCCGUUGGAAACUCCUAGCGGUGGGCAGACAAAACGCUUAGUGGAACAAAACUUCCACGUCCACAAUGACACUUUUUCGCAUUUCUGCAAAAGCUUUAGUGCUGGAAUCAGGCGUCGUCCCUUGGAUAGGUCUAUUGUGAUAGAAUCAGGCAAAUAUAAAGGACUCAACAAGUACACCUGGCAUUUUACGACCUCGCACACCGUGAAGCGCAUAUUCAGUACCUCGAAUGUUGAGCUGCAGUUGGAGCGCUCGUUUGAACGCCACGCAGAUGGUCAUUUUUUUCCGUAUGUACGUCCAGCUGUUGAACCACAUGUUCCUGGUCAGCCUAAAAAGAGAGCAAUCUACACCAGAGUCAAACUCUAUAUGGUGAAGAUUGUCUUCGAAACGGCUCCAAAGGAUCAAUCCGGCAACGGACUCCUUUUAACCUGGACCCCGGAUGUCCUGCCCCGCAGUCAUUUCGGGUUGAUGCACGUGGAGUUCACUGUAGAGACACGAUCGCCCAGCUAGAAUGAAGCAUUUGUUACCAUUGCCGGUGUCAGUAUGAGAAAUUUACAAGCCUUUCUAGCGUAUAAGUAGUCUUAACCUAAGUCGGGUUAGUGCCUAAGAAACAUAAUCUCACAAAAAUUGGUCAUUAGUUGGUUAAUAUGUAGAGCCGC